AUGCAGAAACAGUCUCUGAACAGCCAUCGUCUGAAGCCGGCACUGUACAGUGUAUUUUGCGAAAUUAAAGAGAAGACAGCCCUGAGUCUGCGUAAUUCCGCUGCAUCGGCUGUUGAGGAUGAAGCCAAUUCACCAGACCCGCAGCUGCUACGGCUGGAUAAGAUGUUGGUUGCGGAAGGUGUCACCGGUCCAGGGGCUGGCCUCGCCAAUGAUCUCGCUGACACUGCCGGGGAGAUGGGCGGUUCCGUGCUCGGUGCCGGUGGUGUCACUGAUUGCAACCAAAUAGAACACGCAGACUACCGCGCCAAACUGUCUCAAAUCCGCCAAAUUUAUCAUGCGGAGCUGGAAAAGUACAAAAACGCUUGCGACGAAUUCACCGGCCACGUGAUCAACUUGCUGCGUGAACAAAGCCGCAGUCGUCCAAUCAGUCCGGCCGAGAUUGAGCUAAUGGUGGGCAUCAUACGGCGUAAAUUUCGAGCCAUUGAGACGCAACUGAAACAAAGUACCUGCGAAGCGGUCAUGAUACUCCGAUCUCGCUUCCUCGACGCCCGACGCAAGCGACGCAAUUUUAGCAAAGAGGCCACGGAAGUCCUUAAUGAAUACUUUUAUUCCCACUUGGCCAAUCCAUAUCCGUCGGAAGAAGCUAAGGAAGAGUUGGCAAAGAAGUGUGGAAUCACCGUGUCCCAAGUUUCCAAUUGGUUCGGAAACAAGCGCAUCCGAUACAAAAAGAACAUUGUCAAAGCACAAGAGGAAGCCAACAUGUAUGCCGCAGCCACUGCAGCUGCAGCCGCCGCCGCGGGCUCAGCUCCCUCAGUUCCGGGAUCAAAUGCAGCGGACGACCAUCCUGGGGGCUAUGCACACUCGGCCUACGAUUACGACGAUUCGAUGGGACUUGCCAGACCGGUGCCACAGCUCUCGUGCACAUCGGACCACCACGACGCCUGGAUGACCGGUGGAAUGAAUCCAGCAUUGGCCGGAGGCCAUCUAGACGAACCGGAUCGCAAACGUAGCAAACUAUGA